CUCGCUCUCAUGGCUUCGAAAGCGGCUCGGACUAUAGUUCUCGAGGGACAGGAGAUGGUAUCGCGUUGGGGAGGCUAAUACGAAUAUAAUUUGAAGCCUCCGAUGUCGCCCCCGUGGUAUAAACUUGUCGUCCCUCUCUAUGGGCUCUUGCAUCAUUUGCCUCCCAUACUACUGUUCCAUCCUUCUUUCCUUCUUGAACCAUUCUUCCGUUCCCUCUAGCUAUCCUUAAAACCUCCUGCUGACCCCACUUUAAACGGGUAGCGGGCUACAGAAUCUUUCUAGAAAAGAUGGGCGAACUCCAGCACUAUCCGGCCGAUACACCCAACGUGCCUUUCGCACAACGUCCGAUCAUCAUUUUGGGUGCGGGCAUUAUUGGCUGUGCCGCCGCGCGACAACUUCUACAAAACGGCUUUCCAGUCAUCUUGGUCGCUGAAUAUCUACCUGGGGAUCAGGAUUUCCGAUAUGCAUCCGCCUGGGCUGGAGCCGCAUGGCAUCCUGCGGGCGGAAUCAGUCCGGAAUGGAGAUAUCUUCAAGCGAUCAGCCAUCGUCAGUUGCUGAAAAUGGCACAAGAAGAACCCGAAUCUGGAGUCAGCAUUGUCGAUGCCCUGGAGUAUGUCGAACGACCUCCUGCUGAAAACUCAUCGGCAUGGGGUAGGACUUUGGCUGCCAAGUGGCGUGACCUGCAACCGGGUGAAUAUCCAUCAGAAUUCAGUUGUGGAUGGUCGUACGAGACUCUCGUCACCGAUCCCACCCUUCACAUGCCGUAUCUGGCCAAGAAGAUCACCGCUCUAGGCGGCCAGUUCAUUCGCAAGCGGGUAGAGUCUCUUGAAGACCUCUACGGCAUGUUCCCCGAGUCCAGUAUCUUCAUAAAUGCCAGCGGAAUCGGAAGUCAAACCCUCAAGGACGUCCAAGAUGACUUGUGCUUCCCGGAACGGGGGCAGAACGUGUUCUACAAGACGAAAAACUGUCGCACCAUGUACUUCCGGAACGGCCAAGAGUACACCUACGUUAUUCCUCGACCCAUGUCUCAUGGCGUCAUCCUAGGGGGAGUAAAGCAAGCUGACAACCUAUCCUCCGAACCAGACAUGGAAAUCGCCCGAGAUGAAAUCGCACGCGCACACCGUCUCGCUCCCGAGAUCGUUCCUGAGCAUCCACCCGAAGACACCCUCAGCUACAUUGUCGGUAUCCGACCCUCGAGGAAGGGUGGCUUCCGCUUAGACUCCGAGCAGCAGGGGAACCGGUACAUCCUCUCGGCGUAUGGAUUCGGUGGAGGCGGCUAUGCCUUCUCGUACGGAGUGGCAGAUGCAUUGUGCAAGAUGGUGGAAAAGGCGGAGCGAGAGAAUGUGAUCUGAGCCUCAUGGUUGAGGCUAAUGAUACCAUCAUGGGAAAGAAUGCUGGCCAUUCAGCCCCGUGAAUGUGACGUUGUCGUUCACGUGUAGUAGAUUAAUUAAUCAGUGUUGAGAAGUCUCGUUGCAGAGCUAUUGGCUUUAAGAUCACUAAUACAUUGCAAUAAAGUAUUCACGACCUAAAGUGAAGGGUCAUCACCAAAGCAC